AGCUGACUCUAAUAUAUCGAUAUCUAAACAUCUGGUGUAUUUUUAUUGUUGACGCGUCUUAGCUUCCGAAUGUUUAUAUUUUUAUCAAAAUACUUGUAAGCUAAAUUUAAUGGCUGAUUUUCAAGAACAAUUGCGACAAUAUCGCCUUCAGAAAAAGCGGCAGGAAACAGUAAAUAAUUUUAAAGACAAACUGAGAAGAUUCUGGAUGUUGGGCACCGGGACGAAUAAAGAUACAACAAUCGAGGUCCAACAGGAUCUAGAACCUACAACAAAAAGCUUAGAAAAACAAUCGGAUGACGAGACAGUUUUCUCCAGUGAAAAUGAACUGCUGCCAGAGGAAGAUAAUACCGCACCCGCAUCCGGAUCUACAGAUCAUCACUUCAAGGAAAACAAUACCCUAAAGUACAUCCUUUGGGUUGUUUACUUUCUGUUUUGGGUAACCGUUUAUGUGAUAGCCAUUGAGCUAAAGUUCGGCCUGGUCUACCUUAUGUUUUCGGCUCUGUUUGGGAUCUAUUUCAACACCAGGACGGGUCCAAAGAAACGGAACGAGAUGAGCGCCUACAGUGUUUUUAACAAAAAUUGCGAAAGCAUUGAUGGGACUCUGAAGGCCGAACAAUUUGAACGUGAAAUCCGAUAUGGAUCGGGAAGUGUACGAUAGAAAAUUGAGCGAAAUUGUAGAGAAUAGAUAAUAUGUAAAAAUUAUGUAAAGAAAUAAUAGAACUAUUAACGAUUCUUAAAUAACAUGACUUACCUUUAGUCAAUUAAACUAUAAUAAAACCUUG